AAUAUUACACCCAGGUUGUCACAUUGCACAGGAGAGAAUUUAUGGUUUACGGCAAUUUUGACAACUUCCUGCCAAGAAAUAAUACCAAGGAACAGUUUAGUGUAUCUUUGGAUAAUGUUCACUAUUGCCACAAAAUAUUUUUAAAAAGUAAAAGUUUCUUCUCUUUUUCUAUUGAACAGGAACAGAAACGAAUUGUGAUUGAGAGAUGCUUGGAUCAGAAUCCUCCCCCACCCCUGGAAACUGUCAAUGAUCCCAAACAAAUUGACGACCACAGAGAAGUUGUAACGACUUGUGCUUUGAAAUUCGAAGGAUGGUUUAACGCAGAUGGAAGCUAUAAAUUCGACCGAGCAAAGUCAGAAAUUGAAUCAAAGAAAUUGGAAAAGCAGGUUGAGCGAAACAUCUCAAGAAGACAUCAGGAAUGCCAACAAGAAGCGGUGAAGAGGUUCCCUGGCGGUUACAUUCAGCAGGUUCAAUUGUACCAGGCUUGUAUGGAUUAUCACAUUGCUGAGAUCUGUGAAAUCGAAUUAAUUCCCCCACCUGGUGGUUUCGAAGGCCUAGAAGGUCUGGCUGAUUAUGAAGGGGAACUAGGAGCUGCUUUUCCUGAAUUCGCCGGACAACCUAUAGAUUCAGCUAACCAACCUCAACCUUCUCCACAGCCAGCUUCAAGAAGCUAAACAAAAUAUCUUCCAUUCCUCUUCAGUCACUCAAAGAGAAGUCACAGUCAUUAUGUAUAUGUGUUUUUCACUUUUUCAUCAUAGAUUCUAAAUGUUUCUUUUUAUUCCAUUCAUCGAAUCAGUUCAAUAAAUCGAGCAAAUCUGCUCGCCCACACUUUC